CUGUCUUGCGCAGAUUUUUCUCUGAGGUAGUAGCAGCAGCAGCAGCGGAGGCAACAGGAAAUUGCUGCAAUGGCUACCAAUGCAUUAUCUAACCUUCUCUCUACUCCCUCUCUGAAGAAACAACAAUCUUCUUCUCCGUCUCUCUCAUGGUGACUUCCUCUCCCCUCCGCCUUCCGCGUUUCCAUCGCUGCUCCUUCGCGCGCCAGGCCGGCUCCCACCUUUGUUGUGGUGGCCAUGGACGCAAAACCCACUAUCCUCGUGGCCGAAAAGUUUGGACAGGCCGGCCUCGACCUCUUGAAGAACUUCGCCAACGUUGACUGCUCUUAUAACUUGACCCAGGACGAGCUCUGCACCAAGAUCUCACUCUGUGACGCCUUAAUCGUCAGGAGUGGCACAAAAGUAACUCGGGAAGUGUUCGAAUCGUCCGGUGGCCGCCUUAAGGUGGUUGGCCGUGCCGGUGUUGGAAUCGACAAUGUCGAUCUGUCCGCUGCUACUGAGCACGGGUGCCUCGUCGUUAAUGCUCCUACUGCUAAUACUGUUGCUGCCGCCGAGCACGGCAUUUCCCUCCUCACUGCUAUGGCUCGUAACGUCGCGCAGGCUGAUGCAUCUAUUAAAGCCGGCAAGUGGCAACGAAACAAAUACGUUGGUGUCUCACUUGUUGGGAAGAAACUUGCUGUAAUGGGAUUUGGAAAGGUUGGAUCAGAAGUUGCCAGGCGUGCUAAGGGACUCGGCAUGCAUGUGAUUGCACAUGACCCAUAUGCCCCUGCAGACCGUGCUCGAGCAAUAGGCGUGCAGCUGGUAUCUUUUGAUGAAGCCAUAUCAGCUGCAGAUUUCAUUUCGCUACACAUGCCUCUUACUCCUGCAACAUCAAAAAUUCUCAACGAUGAAGCUUUUGCAAAGAUGAAGAAAGGAGUUCGCAUUGUCAAUGUUGCUCGGGGUGGUGUGAUUGAUGAAGAAGCCCUUGUGAGAGCACUGGAUGCUGGAAUUGUUGCUCAGGCGGCACUUGAUGUCUUCACAGAAGAACCGCCUCCAAAAGACAGCAAGCUGGUGCAACAUGAAAAUGUAACCGUCACUCCACAUCUUGGUGCCAGCACCAUAGAAGCUCAGGAAGGAGUGGCAAUUGAAAUAGCUGAAGCUGUCGUUGGAGCUUUGAAAGGGGAGCUCGCUGCUACUGCAGUAAAUGCACCAAUGGUUCCUGCUGAGGUUCUAUCAGAGCUUGCACCAUUUGUUGUACUGGCAGAGAAGCUUGGCAGACUGGCUGUACAACUGGUAGCAGGUGGGAGUGGCGUGAAAUCGGUCAAGGUCACAUAUGCUUCUUCAAGGGUUCCAGACGAUCUAGAUACCAGGGUGCUCCGUGCCAUGAUCAUCAAGGGACUUAUUGAACCCAUAUCAAGUGUGUUUGUGAAUUUAGUAAAUGCUGAUUUCACUGCUAAGCAGAGAGGAUUGCACAUAACAGAAGAGCGAAUCCUGCUAGAUGGCUCACCUGAAAAUCCACUUGAGUUCAUCCAGGUUCAAAUUGCCAACGUAGAAUCAAAGUUUGCCAGCGCCAUCUCAAUUACUGGGGAGAUUAAAGUUGAGGGAAUGGUGAAAGAUGGGAUACCCCACCUAACAAAGGUAGGAUCUUUUGAUGUAGAUGUGACCCUGGAAGGCAGCGUCAUACUCUGCAGGCAAGUUGAUCAGCCAGGUAUGAUUGGAAAGGUAGGGAGCGUCUUGGGCGAGGAAAAUGUCAAUGUGAGCUUUAUGAGUGUUGGGAGGAUUGCUCCACGAAAGCAUGCAGUCAUGGCAAUUGGGGUCGAUGAAGAACCCAACAAGGAGGCCCUAAAGAAAAUUGGGAAUAUACCAGCCAUUGAAGAGUUUGUUUUCCUCAAGUUGUAGUAUGAGCCUAUGGGGUGGGUUACUCGGUCUGCUUUAAGUCUAUUUUGGAGAGUAUGCAAAUAUGCAUGGAGUAGCUCUUACAGUUUCUUCGCAGGAGAUCAAGGUUGUGAACGUUUUAUAUGUUGAGAAUUUUGGGAAUAACGGCGGUUCUAAAACAAUCGUAACCUAAGUAAUAAUUCGCAGUGUGCUCGGCCUUAAUCUA